AUGGACGCUUUUCCUCGUAAAACACCGAUAGUAUUAUUAGUGAGUCAAUCUGUAUUGAGAAUUUUGGUGAUUGCAUUAACAGUGACUGCAAUCUGUUUGACAUUCACAGCAAAGCAAACUGUAGAGUUUUUGGGUAUUGAGUUCUAUGCGAAGUAUAGCUACUCUCCUGCCUUCAGGUACUUUGUGAGUACAAACAUUGUUGUAGUUGUUCUUUCCAUUAUAUCUUUGCUGUUCCUAUUCAUCUAUGUGAAGUCUACCACACCAUACCGAUGUUACAACAUCUUUGUUUGCGAUUUCAUAGCAACUGUGUUGGGAGUAUCAGGAUGUGCUGCUGCUGCAUCGAUAGGUUAUGUGGGUAGAUAUGGAAAUGGACAUUCUGGUUGGAGUCCCAUUUGCGAUUACGUGGACAAGUUCUGUAAUAGAAUUCAGAUUUCUUUGAUCUGUUCUGGUUUGGGUCUCAUUCUCUUAGUAGUUCUCACUUUUUGGUCCGCCAUUAGAAUAACUAAACUAGUAACAAUUUCGAGAUAA